AUGGUCGCCCCUACCGUCAAGCUCAACAAUGGCUACGAGAUGCCCCUUGUGGGCUUCGGUCUCUGGAAGGUCAACAAUGACACUUGCGCCGACCAAGUCUACAACGCCAUCAAGGCCGGCUACCGUCUCUUCGACGGCGCCUGCGACUACGGCAACGAAGUCGAAUGUGGCCAAGGCGUAGCCCGCGCCAUCAAAGACGGCCUCGUCAAGCGCGAAGACCUCUUCAUCGUCUCCAAACUCUGGAACAGCUUCCACGAAGGCGACAAAGUGGAACCAAUCUGCCGCAAGCAAUUAGCAGACUGGGGAGUCGACUACUUCGACCUGUACAUCGUGCACUUCCCAAUUGCACUGAAGUACCUAGACCCAAGCGUGCGCUACCCACCCAGCUGGACAACCGCCGACGGCAAGAUCGAGCUAGCCAACGCUCCCAUCCAUGAGACCUGGGCCGCAAUGGAGUCACUCGUUGACAAGAAGCUCGCGCGCAGCAUUGGAGUGAGCAACUUCAGCGUACAGCUGCUGAUGGAUCUGCUGCGGUAUGCGCGUGUCCGACCUGCGACCUUGCAGAUCGAGCACCACCCCUACCUGACGCAGACGCGCUUGGUGGACUUUGCGCAGAGCGAGGGUCUUGCUGUUACUGCCUACUCGUCCUUUGGGCCGUUGAGUUUCUUGGAGUUGAACCUUAAGCAUGCGCAGGAUACGCCGUUGCUGUUUGAGCAUGCUACUAUCAAGGGUAUUUCCGAGAAGCAUGGUCGUACCCCUGCGCAGAUUCUGCUGCGUUGGGCUACGCAGCGUAAGAUUGCUGUCAUUCCUAAGAGUAAUGAUCCUACUCGUCUUGCGCAGAACUUGCAGGUUACCGACUUUGAUCUUGAGGGUUCUGAGAUUGAGGCUAUCAGUGCUCUUGACAAGGGCCUUCGGUUCAAUGACCCUAUGGCUUAUGGUCUCGGCAUUCCUAUCUUCUAA